AUGAAUUCCACGUCGAGCCGUUCUCAUGCCGUCUUCACAAUUGUAUUAUCGCAGCACAAGCAUGAUCCAGAAGCAGAUCUGGACUGCGAAAAGGUUAGCAAGAUUUCACUGGUCGACUUAGCGGGCAGCGAACGAGCUACAUCAACUGGGGCCGAAGGCCAGCGACUAAAGGAGGGCGCAAAUAUCAAUAAAAGCUUAACAACACUUGGGCUUGUCAUCUCGAAACUGGCUGAAGAAACGCAGAUAAGCAGGAAGAAAAACAAAGGAAAAUCGGUGAUACCUUACCGUGAUUCAGUGCUUACGUGGCUUCUGCGUGAAAAUCUUGGCGGCAAUUCAAAGACAGCAAUGAUUGCUGCCCUUUCACCUGCUGACAUCAACUUUGAUGAGACGCUGAGUACCCUCAGGUACGCAGACCGCGCCAAACAAAUCGUAUGCCAGGCGAAGGUCAAUGAGGAUCCGAACGCCAAGCUAAUACGUGAACUGAAGGCGGAAGUGCUGAAACUGCGCAGUUUACUCGAAAUGAAGGGCAUCGACAGCGACGAUCCACAGACUGAAAAGGCUGUUUAUUCCGCAAAAGAUCACGACACCAUCGAGCAGCUAAAAGGCAGUUCAUGUUAA